AUGGCACCUAUCCUCAAUCUAGCCUUCGCUCUCGCGAUGCCCGCUCUCUCUUUGGCGGCAGCACUCCCCAACACGGAUCUUACAGAUCGAGCCACGACUCUCGUGGGUACACCGGAGAUCGUUGGAGGAACCGCGGCUGCUCUUGGCGAAUUCCCCUAUAUCGUCAGUUUAUCCUACGGCGGUUCCCAUUUCUGUGGUGGUCAACUCCUCAAUGCAUAUACUGUUCUCACGGCAGCUCAUUGCUCCGUGAGUUACUCUGUCUCAUCGGUCAAAGUUCGUGCUGGAACUUUGAACUAUGCAUCCGGCGGUACCUCAGUCGGUGUUAGUAAGGUUGCGGUUCAUCCUUCCUACAACUCGGCAACAACCAAUAACGACAUUGCGCUUUGGCACUUAUCUACCGCUCUUCCAGUUAGCUCCACUAUUGGCUAUGCUACAUUGCCGGUACAAGGCUCGGAUCCAGUCGUUGGUUCAACAGUCACAACUGCAGGUUGGGGUCUUACGAGUGAGUCUGGAUCAACCUUACCAUCAGCUUUGAGAAAGGUCUCGGUUCCCGUCAUCUCGCGUACUUCCUGUCAAGCUGAGUAUGGUACAUCUGCCGUCACAACCAACAUGUUCUGUGCAGGUUUGGCUGUAGGUGGUAAGGACUCCUGCUCUGGUGACAGUGGUGGACCAAUCAUUGAUGCUGCUACCGGUGUUUUGCAAGGAACCGUUUCCUGGGGUCAAGGAUGUGCUGAAGCUGGUUACGCUGGUGUUUAUUCCAGAGUGGGCAACUAUGUAACUUACAUUAAAGCCGGUCUCUGGACCGGCUUGUAA